AUGGUCCAAGGAUCCCUGAAGAAGGCCGCGCCCGCCACAGCUGGUCGGAAGCCUGCUAAGACUACUAAGCCUGGUGUUCGUCAGGUUGCGCCUAAGAAGGCUAAUCUCAUUAAGCAGCGGAAGCUGACGAAGAAACUCACAUCCGGCCUCGUCGGCAAGACAGAACGCAGUCUCGCAACAAAGGCAGGCCAUCUCGAGAUUCUAGCUGGAGGCAAGAAGGAUCGCCUUCAGAAGGAGAAGAAGAAGGCCCAGGAGGGUGGUAAGAAGGCUUAA